ACAUUACAUUUGAACCACUAGAUCACACUUUAUCUAUCACACAAUGGCGACCUCUCUCUCCGUCUCCAGACUCAUCUCUUCAUCCGCCAUCUCCGUCGCCAAACCGCUACUCUCCCCAACCUCCGCCUUCACCGCCCCAAUCUCCUUCUCCCGCUCCCUCGCUCCCAACCUCUCCCUCAAACCCCACCCCCGCCGCGCCUCCAUCUCCGCCGUCAGAUCCUUCUCAACAACCACCAUCUCCGCCUCCAUCUCCGUCGGAGACAAACUCCCCGACUCUACCCUCUCCUACCUCGAUCCCGCCACCAACGACGUCAAAACAGUCACCGUCUCCUCCCUAACCGCCGGGAAGAAAACCAUCCUCUUCGCCGUCCCAGGUGCCUUCACUCCCACCUGCUCCCAGAAACACGUCCCUGGAUUCGUCUCCAAAGCCGGAGAGCUCAGAUCCAAAGGCGUAGACGUCAUCGCGUGCGUUUCCGUGAACGACGCGUUCGUGAUGGAGGCGUGGAGGAAAGAUCUUGGGAUCAGCGACGAGGUGAUGCUGUUGUCCGAUGGGAACGGAGAGUUCACGGGGAAGCUCGGCGUGGAGUUGGAUUUGAGGGAUAAGCCUGUGGGGCUCGGGGUUAGGUCGAGGAGGUACGCGAUUCUGGCGGAGGAUGGUGUGGUGAAGGUGCUGAAUCUUGAGGAAGGAGGCGCUUUCACUUACAGUAGUGCUGAGGAUAUGCUUAAAGCUCUUUGAUUCUGAUUUGUCUUAAGACUUUUGUUCUCUUUGUGUUGAAUUUUCUUCUCUGUUUUAAUUUUCGUGAAGCUUUCAGAUUCUGUGUAUCAUCGGAUCUGUAAUGGAAUAAAACAUCGGAGUCGUUUUUGUUUGUCGGAAUAUGUUUGUUUCGAAUUGUUGACUACUUUGGGUUACUCUUUUUAUGAGUGUUUGACAUUUUGUUAAUUGA